AUGGCAAAUGUUGUUGACGCUACGAUGGCAACAUAUGUAUUUCAAGGUCGAAAAAAAAUCAAAUUCGGUAUGAUGAUGAUGCGUAUUACAAACUUGGAAACAACCGCGUUCCCCCGAUUAUUGAGUUUUGCUCCUGCCCGAUUCUACACUGUCUUUGCCUUUGCAAGAAGGCCUAGACGUCGAAACUCAUUCCUCUUCACAACCAGUUGCUCAACUGAUGUGUCAAUCACCAUUGCCACUGACCACAAUUACGGGAAUAAGCAAGUUAUCAGUGUUACUCAAACCCUAUACGACUACUUGCUCACCAACGUUAGAGAACCACCCAUUCUGCGACAACUUAGAGAGGAGACUGCAACAAUGCGUGGGAGUCAAAUGCAGGUAUCCCCUGAUCAAGCGCAACUACUUGCAAUGCUUGUCCAGAUUCUUGGGGCUAACAGAUGCAUUGAAGUUGGGGUCUAUACUGGAUACUCAUCACUGGCUGUUGCAUUAGUCCUACCAGAAUCAGGAAUCUUAGUUGCUUGUGAGAGGGACAUCAACUCGCUCCAGGUUGCAAAAAAGUAUUAUCAACAAGCAGGAGUUUCACACAAGGUGGAUGUAAGACAUGGAUUAGCUGCCGAUACCCUAAACUCAAUGCUAGAGAAUGGGGAGGGUUGCAGCUAUGAUUUUGCUUUUGUUGAUGCUGAGAAAAGAAUGUAUCAAGAAUACUUUGAGUUGCUGCUUAAAUUGGUGAGAGUAGGUGGUGUUGUGGUAAUUGAUAAUGUGCUUUGGCAUGGAAAAGUUGCUGAUCCCAUGGUUAAUGAUAAGAAAACAGAGAGCAUAAGAAGUUUCAACAAAGCUUUAAUGGACGACAAGCGUGUUACCAUUAGUAUGGUGCCAGUUGGUGAUGGCAUGACAAUAUGUCGCAAGAGAUGAUUUCUUUGGUUCAAGAAACAAUUAUCGAAUCAGAAAAGACAUAUCCAUAGUAGACUAAUGUGUUCGAUUAAGAUUUAAAAAACAUGCCUCAUUUUUGUAAUGUGUAGACUGGUAUAUUGUUUAUUUUAUUCCUUCUAGUUCAUGAAAUGAUGUGAUCAUAAGUUCCCUAUUGGAAGUAUAAUCUGACAGAAAAGGGGGAAAAAUGUAAAGAUCAAAAGGAAUAUAUGAAUGUAAUAUAUGGAGUUAAAUUGAUGUAAUAUGAAUAUCUACCUUCAGGGGUCAUUACGAACACUGUGAAGUAAAACCUGAGCAUGCUGUAAAAGAGCAUUGAUUUCCUCAUUUGAAGCAUCAAGGAGGCGAAGUUCUUUGAUUUCAUCUUGCCAUUUUUCCAUCUGUUCCUUGUGUAUUCUGUGGGCAUGAAUGAGGUUUCAUUAUAAGCAUACAACAACUGUAAAUGUUUAAAUAAACUUCAUUUAAAUGUUCCAACUCACGCUAUCAUUCGUUCUUCAAAUUCAGUAGUCAAUUCUCUCAGGAAUGAUUUCCCAGAUUCAAGAAGUUCAGACACCUUUGUAAAAUAAUCAAA